CGCUCAAAGCCAUCCGAGGAGCUGUUGCCUUGUGGCGUGAAGCCAGAAGAACUACAGUAGUACUAGUGAGCAUUGGCGGAUUUGGGCGGCAUAUGAGACAAUCUCUCCCCGCGGCCCACCAGCAGAAGGCUUGUUUUUUGUUUAUAUUUUUAUCUAAGAGGGGGAGAUUGAGAUUCUGGAGAGGCCGGGAGGAAGAAGGAGCUGUGAGCAGGGGGCGGAGCUGCUACACAUGUGCCUGCUAAAGAAGAUCCCCAGGGGCUGCUUGUGAAGCUCUGCACAUGAUGGAAGAUAUCACGCUGACGUUCUCGGAUGAGGAGUGGCUGGGUCUGGCUGCUUGGCAGAGGGAACUAUAUAGGACGGUCAUGAAGGACACUACAGAGUUAUUCACCUCUCUCGGUUUCAUGUUCCUGACCCAGGAGAGUGCAGGAGAGAGUACAGUGACCCAUCCAGCUGUCAGUGAGGAGACUGCAGGGGAGAAGUUCAUUAUCCAGAUGACAGAGGCGUCCGUAUUCCAGGAGGAUACAGGAAAACAUGCGAUGACAGCUGAGGCUCCUGAGAGUCAUCUAUGUCAAGGAGACCACUUCACUCCCCCACAUCCAGAGGCACCGUCAUUCCAGGAGACUCUGUUUCCUCAGCAUGCACAGAGAUCUGUGGUUCCAGAAAACCUGCAGGAAAAUCUCAUUCAGACAUCUACAGGGCAAGAGGGUCCAGGAGGAAGGUCCAUAGCCUGGCACACGGAGGCUGGCAGUGACGAGCUGCUGCCAACAAGAAACCCAGGAGACAUCUGCAAUGUCAGAGAUGGCGCAGGUUCCUCCGGUGACACUGGAGACUCUAGACUGGAUCUGGUCAUUGGAAGUGAUGAGACUUUCCCAGAUUCCGACUACUUGACAAUCAUUCAAGUGGAGGAGAUAAAUGUUGCACUUGAAAAAGAAGUGAAGACCACCCAUAGAGAUGGAUGGGAUGUCUACCCAGAUGACAGUAUUGUUCCAUGGAAAAAUGAAGAAACCCUGCGGGGAGAAGCAGCAUUUCCUCUCACCCUUUUGGGACCUCAGAACAGAACGAACGAUCAAUAUCCUUGGACAGAAAAUAAUGGAAUUCUUGCUCCAGACACAGAUCGGUGGAGUGACCAGAUCCAACUGGGAAAUUGUUUGAAUGCCGCAGAGGGAGGAGCCAGGGCCACUCCAGUCGGCUCUCAGGUUUCACAAUCGGUGGAAUUGGAUGAAACAAACCCUCAGGAGUAUCGUUUGGGUGAAAGUCUGUAUAAAUGCUCCAUUUGCUGCCAGAGCUUCUGCCAUAAGCUACACUUAGAGCGCCAUGUUCGAGGGCAUAUGGAGGAGAGGACUUUCACUUGCCCGACAUGUUACAGACAUUUUAUCAGCAAGCAUUAUUUGCAGGAGCAUGAAAGGACUCACCAUACUUCAUUGCCGGGUGACAGCAGGAGAACAGACCAAGCAAAGAGGACCCCACAGAAUUUCCUGUGUACACAGUGCAACCGCAGAUUCUCACAGCUCGUUGGGCUCCAUCGACACCAGAAAGUCCACACUCGUCGUAACAAGAAUUUACCUGGAACCGUAGCCCCCCCAACAAGAAAAGUGUAUAAGCUUCCUCUCCUGCAGCCAUCAGUCACCAGGAAAACUGAGCCCAAGGCGGAUUCCUCCGGAGAGGCCUUCACAAAGCUGCACCAGCACCUGCAGGUGUCCACCGCUUUCCUGCAGAACCUGAUAACAUCUACCUGCGGCUUCCAGUAUGACUAGCUCUGCACUGGAGGGACUGAGACUGCCGGUAUGACUAGUGCUGCACUGGAGGGACUGAGACCGUCGGUAUGACUAGCGCUGCACUGGAGGGACUGAGACUGUCGGUAUGACUAGCGCUGCACUGGAGGGACUGAGACUGUCGGUAUGACUAGCGCUGCACUGGAGGGACUGAGACUGUCAGUAUGACUAGCGCUGCACUGGAGGGACUGAGACUGUCGGUAUGACUAGCGCUGCACUGGAGGGACUGAGACUGUCGGUAUGACUAGCGCCGCACGGGAGGGACUGAGACUGUCGGUAUGACUAGCGCUGCACUGGAGGGACUGAGACUGUCAGUAUGAUUAGCGCUGCACUGGAGGGACUGAGACUGUCUGUAUGACUAGCGCUGCACUGGAGGGACUGAGACUGUCGGUAUGACUAGCGCUGCACUGGAGGGACUGAGACCCUCAGUAUGACUAGCGCUGCACGGGAGGGACUGAGACCGUCGGUAUGACUAGCGCUGCACUGGAGGGACUGAGACUGUCAGUAUGAUUAGCGCUGCACUGGAGGGACUGAGACUGUCAGUAUGACUAGCGCUGCACUGGAGGGACUGAGACCCUCAGUAUGACUAGCGCUGCACGGGAGGGACUGAGACCGUCGGUAUGACUAGCGCUGCACUGGAGGGACUGAGACUGUCAGUAUGACUAGCGCUGCACUGGAGGGACUGAGACCCUCAGUAUGACUAGCGCUGCACGGGAGGGACUGAGACCCUCAGUAUGACUAGCGCUGCACUGGAGGGACUGAGACUGUCGGUAUGACUAGCGCUGCACUGGAGGGACUGAGACUGUCGGUAUGACUAGCGCUGCACUGGAGGGACUGAGACCGUCGGUAUGACUAGCGCUGCACUGGAGGGACUGAGACCCUCAGUAUGACUAGCGCUGCACGGGAGGGACUGAGACCGUCGGUAUGACUAGCGCUGCACUGGAGGGACUGAGACUGUCAGUAUGACUAGCGCUGCACGGGAGGGACUGAGACCGUCGGUAUGACUAGCGCUGCACUGGAGGGACUGAGACUGUCAGUAUGACUAGCGCUGCACUGGAGGGACUGAGACUGUCGGUAUGACUAGCGCUGCACUGGAGGGACUGAGACUGUCGGUAUGACUAGCGCUGCACUGGAGGGACUGAGACUGUCGGUAUGACUAGCGCUGCACUGGAGGGACUGAGACCGUCGGUAUGACUAGCGCUGCACUGGAGGGACUGAGACCGUCGGUAUGACUAGCGCUGCACUGGAGGGACUGAGACUGUCGGUAUGACUAGCGCUGCACUGGAGGGACUGAGACCGUCGGUAUGACUAGCGCUGCACUGGAGGGACUGAGACUGUCGGUAUGACUAGCGCUGCACUGGAGGGACUGAGACUGUCGGUAUGACUAGCGCUGCACUGGAGGGACUGAGACCGUCGGUAUGACUAGCGCUGCACUGGAGGGACUGAGACUGUCGGUAUGACUAGCGCUGCACUGGAGGGACUGAGACCGUCGGUAUGACUAGCGCUGCACUGGAGGGACUGAGACUGUCGGUAUGACUAGUGCUGCACUGGAGGGACUGAGACUGUCGGUAUGACUAGCGCUGCACUGGAGGGACUGAGACUGUCGGUAUGACUAGCGCUGCACUGGAGGGACUGAGACUGUCGGUAUGACUAGCGCUGCACUGGAGGGACUGAGACUGUCAGUAUGACUAGCGCUGCACGGGAGGGACUGAGACCGUCGGUAUGACUAGCGCUGCACUGGAGGGACUGAGACUGUCAGUAUGACUAGCGCUGCACGGGAGGGACUGAGACCGUCGGUAUGACUAGCGCUGCACUGGAGGGACUGAGACUGUCAGUAUGACUAGCGCUGCACUGGAGGGACUGAGACCGUCGGUAUGACUAGCGCUGCACGGGAGGGACUGAGACCGUCGGUAUGACUAGCGCUGCACUGGAGGGACUGAGACUGUCAGUAUGACUAGCGCUGCACUGGAGGGACUGAGACCGUCGGUAUGACUAGCGCUGCACGGGAGGGACUGAGACCGUCGGUAUGACUAGUGCUGCACUGGAGGGACUGAGACUGAUAGCGACGAGCUGGUCUCUCCUCUGGGGACUGUGAGGAAUAUUGUACGAUUAUUAGAUUACAUACUGUAUGUUAUAAACACAUUCCAUGGAAUUAGCGGAAAAGCAGUGUCAGUGUCAGUCAUUCGUAAUUAUUUGCCUGUAAUAAGGGUAAUUUAAGAACAGCAACAAAUGAGGGGCUACUGUAUACUAUAGCACCAUCUGUAUACUAUAGCACCAUCUGUAUACUAUAGCACCAUCUCAAUGAGGCUUAUUACA